AUGCCGUCGCGGCAGCAGAUUGCCGCCAAGAAGCGGAAGCGGGAUAGGCAGGAGAACGGCGGCCAGAAAAUCUCCAAGCGCCACCGGUCAAAGUCAAAGUCCGGUGCCACCGUUCCAGAGCAGAAUGAACCUGCUGUCGAGCUCGCCGGGCCCCCGAGUCGCAGCCAGAGCAGGGCCAUCACCGUGGUGCGCGCCGACGACGACGACGACGACGAUGGAAAUGCUGAGGAGACUGCGCUCGCCCAUUCCUCAGAAGCGACGUGGAGGAUUGCUGAGACCAUGGGCGGCCGGGUCCAUGCGGAUGUAGACCCGAUCUUCAGCAGUGACGAAAAACACAUCAUUAUCACCUACAAGUCCUCCAUCCAAGUCUACUCCACUCAAGACUCGCUCCUGGUCCGCCGGAUCCAGCUCCCACAGGACAAUACCGAAUCCACACAAACCCCGCACAUCGCCGCGACGGUGGCAUCCCUAAUCGAUACGACCGUUGUUUGGGUCGCCGACUCGAGACAAAAUAUAUGGAAGGUCGACUGGACAACAGGUGUCUGUCAGACUCCUGUAGCUACUGGUGGCCAAAUCUCCACCUUUGUAGCUGCGAAGGUGGGAGGCAAGGAGCUGUUGGUGACCUGUGAGCCAACUUCCAGGUCUGCAUAUGAGCUGGUGGCAUACGCGGUUGGUUCGGAUGUCAAGCCUUCCCCUCGGAGUCUUGGCCGUCUGUCUGGUGGGCUGCAGGUUCUCAGAACCGCUGUCGAGGGCAGUGUUGUGCUCGGUUGUGCCGAGAGCGGUAUUGUCAUUGCAUCCCUAAAGGACGGCGGCAAGAAGCAGGGCGCAUGGGCCAUUGCCAAUCUUGGCUGCGAACUCUACUCUUUCGAGGCACCGGAUGUUGUCUGCGCUCUGGAUGCCAGGGUGGCUGCCAGGCGUGCAUCGGGCAAGAAGACAAAGCACAACUCGGGCGCAGUCGGCUUGCCGGUCCUUGAUGUCGUAAUAGGCUGCGCCCGCGGUGCCAUAUAUGUUUACGGCAACAUCUUGGCUGCUCUGGCCGGCGUCGGAAAUGGCUCCAGGGAAAGGCUGCAGCCCCGAAAGUACCACUGGCAUCCUCGAGCCGUGCACAGCGUAAAAUGGUCUGUCGACGGCGAGUACUUCGUGUCUGGUGGCACCGAGAACACGCUGGUUUUGUGGCAGGUAGACACCGGCAAGACGGAGCUCCUGCCGCAUCUUUCUGGUGUCAUAGAAAGCAUCGUGGUUUCACCGCAGGGGUCGUCGUAUGCUCUCACUCUCGACGAUAACUCGGCAAUGAUUCUGUCUACGUCAGAGAUGAAGCCUACGGCUUAUGUCUCAGGAGUCCAGUCUCUAGUUCUGGGCCAGAGCCGGUGGAAGGACACUGCGGUGAACCGAGUUUGGACUCCAGUCGACGAGAUAUCACGCCCCCUUACCGCCGCCGCGCACCCGGUCGCGACUUCGCGCCUAUAUCUCUGCGUCGGCAACGGCCAGAUGGCCAGCGCGACCGGGGCGAUCCCCUCAGCCUCCCUAAUCCAGACCUUCGAUAUCUCUUCGUUCCAGAGCCUCGCCAAGCAGCCCCUGGCCCGCACCAACCCCACUGAGGCCAACAUUACCCCCAAGGGAUUUCCGGUCACGGAGCCCUGGGUAUCUCACAUCUCGUUCUCGCGUGGCGGUGACUGGCUUGCUUCCAUCGACGAGUGGCAGCCCCCCGCACGGGACGUGGAGGGCCUUGUUGAGGAUGCACACGCGGCUGAGCUCCUCUGUUCCGAGAGGAAGGAGGUGCACCUGAAGUUCUGGAAGGUCGGCGACCAGCAGCUAGAUCUAGUGUCGAGGAUAGACGAGGCCCACUCCACAGCAGUGCGGCCCGAGUCCAUCCUAGAUCUUGCGUCGAGCCCCAAGUCGACCCUCUUCGGCACCGUCGGGGCAGACGGCUGCGUGCGACUCUGGGCGCCUCACAUCCAGAAGUCUAGCAUGACCCCUGCCGCCUCGAAAGCGGCCCUGGCCGUAGGCAGCGACGCGAAUGCUGCCCAAGUCGCAGAAGGCUGGUCAUGUGUUCAGGCCAUCCCUCUGGCGUCGAGCUCGAGGAUCGAGAUGGAUGGAGAGUCUCUGGGCCCGGCCCCUGCAUCUGCCCGGCCCACAGGGGCUCUGGCGUUUUCUAGCGAUGGUUCCACGCUCUUUGUCGCGUAUGGUUUGGCCGAAGAUCUGGUGCUCUACAUCAUUGACGCGUCCUCGGGCGAGAUUCGAACGCGACUCCACCAGCUCAUAGACGGCGAGGUGCGCAGCUUGCGGGUUCUGGGCGCCUCCGUCAUCAUCCUGGCUGGCGAGAACCUGGUGGUCUACGACGUGGUCGAGGACAGGGUGCGAUACGGCCUGUCCUUCGAGGCCCCCUCUUCGUCUCCUACAGCCCUACAGCUAGCACAGCUCGCCGUCGAUGAGACCUCUCACACCUUUGCCAUAUCUGUCCCUGUGUUCACAGACGCAAACGCGGCACCGAAAUCCGACGGCAGCGUCAAGUCUGAGUUGGCCGUGUUUUCGCCCAACUCUGACCAACCGCUGCUGAUCCAAUCCAUGCAUCACCUCGUCAUCUCCCUCCUCCCCGUCCCUGGAUCUUCCAGCUUCGUGGCUAUCGACUCGGCUGCGCAGGUCUCAGCCAUCAUCCAAGGUACUACCACCAAUCCACUGGCGCUGCCUCUGUCGGACUUGCGCCUGGACAAGACGUCCGCGGAAGGCGACGACGCAGACAUGAUGGCUCUUGACCAGAACGACGACGACGACGACGACGACCAGGCCAACGGCUUGCUACUCGGCGUCGGAGGCGAUGCGAUGGACGAGGACGCAGAGGAUGAGGAUCUGGACUCUUACGGCGCCAUCAUCGCGCCGGAGAAGCUGUCGUACAUCUUUGACGCGGCGCCGGCGUUUGCGCUGCCGCCGAUCGAGGACCUCUUCUACCAGGUCGCGGGGCUCAUAUCUGGCAAGCCGCUGGCCAGCCCGGCUGCUUGA